CUGCCUCAGCUCGCCUUCGCUAGUUCUGUCGUCUUAUUUCUGUCCGUCACUUUCUGUGUCUGUCUGUGCUUUUGCUUUCUUCUGUUUUUCAUGUGUUUGGGUCUCUCUUUACGUUUCUUUACUCUUGCCGUGUCUUUCCUCUGCUUCAGGGUCCUGCUGACUGCAAUGGGGGAUAUUUUUUUACUUUGUCACAGCUCUGGAUCCUCUGCUUGUGUUUUUAUGCCACUUGUUUAAUAUUCAUGGUGCUAUCCUUAGUUAUUUUUCUCUCCACAGCUGCUAAAGCUUAUCUGCUGCUACUUUAUCUGCGCCUCCUCUUCCCCUUAAAGGAACAUUCCUCUAUCUGCUUCUCUUCCACUUGGACUAGACCUUGCUUCCAUUGGACCUGCACCUCUGUGCGAUGGGAAACAAGGAACUGUUUUCUCUCUUGAAGGGUUUUCUGGACUGCGUUUGUCUCUGCCUCUCUAUGAAAGUUUGUGUAUUUAUCAGCAAACUACUCAGCCUUCGAAUCCGGUUUUCCAGAUGACAAGUAAUCAUGUGGCAGAGAAACGAUGAGGCUGAUGCUGAAAAUGAGCAGGACUCUAAAAAUGGCCACUAUGGAAGUGGGGACAUCCUGGGGGACAGAUAUGAGAUCCUCGACACUCUGGGAGAGGGGACUUUUGGGAAAGUGAUGCAGUGUUUAGACCACAGCAGAGGAGGAAGACCAAUAGCUCUGAAGAUCAUUAAAAACUUGGAGAAAUACAGAGAAGCAGCCAAGCUGGAAAUAAAUGUGCUGGAGAAGAUUCGGGAGAAAGAUCCUGAGAACAAGCAUAACUGUGUGCAGAUGCUCGACUGGUUUAACUUCUACGGCCAUGUGUGCAUCUCCUUUGAGCUGAUGUCCCUCAGCACCUUCGACUUUUUGAAAUCAAACAACUUCCUGCCUUAUCCCAUCAACCAGAUCCGGCACAUGGCGAGCCAGAUCUGCCACGCUGUCAGCUUUCUCCAUGACAACAAGCUGACUCACACCGACCUGAAGCCUGAGAACAUCCUCUUUGUCAACUCUGACUACUCCCUCGUAUACAAUGCUGAGAAGAAGCGUUAUGAAAGGAGGGUAAGAGACACGACGGUGCGGCUGAUUGACUUUGGCAGCGCCACCUUCGACCACGAACACCACUCUGUCGUCGUCUCCACUCGUCACUACCGAGCCCCUGAGGUCAUACUGGACUUGGGUUGGAGUCACCAGUGUGAUGUUUGGAGCAUCGGCUGCAUCCUGUUUGAGUACUAUGAAGGUUUCACGCUCUUCCAGACUCAUGACAAUAGGGAACAUCUGGCAAUGAUGGAGAAAAUCCAGGGACCAAUUCCUCAAAGAAUGAUUCAGUGGAGCAGGAAGUGCAGGUAUUUCCACCAAGGCCAUCUAGACUGGAACGAAUGCUCCAAGGCUGGACGUUCUGUUAAAUCCAAGUACAAACCAUUAAAGAACUACUUGUUGUCACACGGGAAAGAACACCACCAGUUUUUUGAUCUCCUGGAGAGGAUGCUGGAGUACGACCCCUUGAAGCGGAUCUCUCUCCCCGCUGCUCUGAACCACCCCUUCUUCCUGCUGCCCAUUCAGGCUGGAAGGACUCAGGCCUGGAGGAACAGCUGGGAUAAAAGCAAAUGACCCUGAAGAGCUCUGUGAUGCUACAUGGACCAUAUGGAUGUGUUCGCAGGUUUACAAUAAAUCGUCCUUAAUGCUGUAUACAUAUUGGAAGAGAGUAACUGACAGGAGGCUCACAGAUUAGGCAGGGGGUUCAUUUAUUUGCAAAUGAAGAGGUGAAUGUUGUGCUGAGGAGCCUUUAAAUUAGAGUGAGUCUGAGGUGGAUUGCAUCGACUGAACACUGAAGGUUUGAAACUGGUAAAUAUCUUAACAAAGUCUUCCAAAGAACUGAAGUCCUCGUUUUAAUUUCAAAUAAAUGCUGUGAAGGAGAUUGUUAGCCUAAAGGAUUCACUAAAUGCCUUUGCUGACGCUGUUCUUGUUUUAUUUUGGUGUAUUUGUUCCACGUUGCAUUAUAAAAAUGAUUAAAAAAAUAUUAUUAAGAACAGUUAUUCUGUCAUUCAGGUAAAAUUCAGUGUCGAACAUUACAAAAAAGAACAGAUAUGGGCAUAACUGCUGAGAGAAAUGCAGCUAUUUAACCAAAGACAAUUGGUUAAAAAGAAUUUUGCUUUCAUGCACAUAAACUGAGUUAAACCAGGGGAAAAUUGGUGCAGUUUUUGCAGACUGACAGCUCAUGUGUCAAAAGAAAUAUAGUAUAAACUGGAUUAAAAUAAUUACAUUUUAAAGCAUAUGUUUAAGAAACUGUAAAACCUUAAAUGUUAUGUUUACAUUCUGUCACCUGACAAUAAUAACUUCUGUGUUUUUAUAAUAAAUUUUGUAUGAACUGAUAUCUUUGCUCAAAUAAUAAAUUAAGUAUUUUUGUUUGA